GCGGGCUGCAACGCGCUCCUUUGGCUCCUUUCUCUUCCUCUUCCCUUUUGGGGUUUGCACUCCGGGCGCACAACAAACACGUCCCGGCAGGAGCAGCCAACGGAAAGCCGAGCGGAGGAGAGCAAAGCAAACAAAAACCCUCGCCUUCCAGCUGUCCCAGCCGGGAGGGGACCCCCCCGCCUUUGCCCACGGCAGCCUCCGGCCCCCCUCCUCGCCCUUGUUUGCCUCGGUCCUUCCGGGGUGCGGGCAGGAGCCGGCGGCCCCGCAGGGGGGUUUUGCAGGCAGCUGCCCGCACGCCGCCGGCCCCAUCCGGGGUUCGCCGGCCCCCGGCAUGGCCGAGGGUGCUGCUGCCUCGAGGUUGUGGCUGGCCGGGCUGUGCUUCUUCCUCCAGCUCCUCACCAUCAUCCUCUUCGCCGCCUUUGUCCGGUACGGCCCCGAGGACGGCCCUGACCUCUGCUCCCCGCAGUCCAACUGCAGCCGGAGAGACCCCGAGCCCGGGUCGGGGUACCCCCGUUUCCGCGAUGCCCACCUCCAGGCUCUCCUCGGCUUCGGGUUCCUGCUGGCCUUCCUCGGCCGCUACGGGCCGGGCAGCGUGGCCACCAGCCUCCUCGUGGUGGCCUUCGCCGUGCAGUGGGCCCUCCUGGCCCAGGGGCUUUUCUACUUCUCCCUGAAGGGCAAGAUUUACGUGGGAGCCCAGAGCAUGGUCAGUGCCGACUUCUGCACCGCCGCCGUCCUCAUCUCAUCCGGAGCCGUUCUGGGCAGGGUAAACCCCAUCCAGAUGCUGCUGAUGACCCUGCUGGAGGUCCCCCUCUUCGCCUGCAACGAGUUCAUCCUGCUCAGCCUCCUGGGGAUCAGCGACAGCGGGGGCUCCCUGACCAUCCACACCUUCGGAGCUUAUUUCGGCUUGAUGGUGUCACGAGCCCUGCGCCAGCCCCGCGCGGAUGAGCGGGAGGAGCAGCAGGGCGCGGGGCGCUCGCCCGACGUCUUCGCUGCGCUCGGGACCCUCUACCUGUGGAUCUUCUGGCCCAGCUUCGCCUCGGCCACCACGGCGCGGGAGGGCGCCGAGCCCUGGGCAGUGCUGAACGUCUACUUCUCGCUGGCAGCGAGCACCCUGGCCGCCUUCGUCUUCUCGCCCAUCCUCUACGAGGAGGGCACGCUGCAGGCGGCUCGGAUCCAGGACGCCGCCCUGGUCGGCGUGGCGGUGAUGGGGAUGGCCGGGGAGAUGCUGCUCACCCCCUUCGGGGCCCUCAUGGCGGGGUUUCUGGCCAGCCACCUCUCCCUGCUGGGCUCCAGGUUCCUCUCGCCCAUCCUGCGCUCCAGGCUGAGAAUCCAGGACACGUGCGGGGUCCACAACGUCCACGGGCUGCCGGGGGUCCUGGGCACCUUGGUGGGGACGCUGCUGGCGGGGCUGGCCACCGCCGACGCUUACGGCGGCAGGCUGGAGCGCGUGUUCCCGCUGGUGGCCCAGGGCAGCCGCACGGCCAGCGGCCAGGCGUGGUGGCAGCUCUGCGCCCUGCCCGUCACCCUCAUCCUCGCCGCCCUCGGGGGCAGCCUCACGGGAGCCCUCCUGGGAAUCAGGGUGCUGAGAUCGGACCCCAAGAGCCCGGAGACGGAAAGCAAGGUCCUGAGGGAGGUGCCCGAGGACGGACUCGACCCCGGGGCGAGCCACGAGGAGCACCCUUGCCUGACGGCCCCGACGCCACGGUGAGGUCCUGCAGCACCGGGCUCGACGCCUCCAGCAGCACCGCCAGCACCGGGCAGCGCGGGCAGCCCCAAAUCCCCAG